AACGAAAAAAUAUGUAUUUUACUUUAUUUUCAGUAACAACUCAGUCGUCACUUAGCAUUCAUUUAAUUCGCUAGAAAUUCUUUCUAAUACACAUCACAGUUAUAAAGAAACCUUCCAGACUUGACCGGAGUUAGAAGACAAUGCGUAGGCUCUUGGGUGUGCUGUUUUUGGUGAUUAUCCUGAUUUUCGUCCUGACUGCAAGUUCUACGUACGAUGAGGAGAGCUUUUCCUGGGAUUUGCAGAACCUCCAAAGGUUUGUUAAAUGCCGAGACAAGCAUUACGUGGGCACCAAGGAAUUCUACUUCAACUACUGGGUCCUGAAAAACUACAUCAGGGCGGAACACGGGCAGCUGUCCUGCUUCAGCAACGUUACCUAUACCACCCACGCAGACUACAGGUAUCUGGACAACUUGGUGCCCCUUCUGGAGCGAUGGCGCUCUCCACUUAGUCUGGCUCUCUAUGCCCCUGGCGCCGAUUUCCAGCCUACGCUAGACAGUAUCCUGUGGCUGCGACAGUGCCAUCCAGGCAGCCACCUGGUGCGCGAACUGACCAGCUUCCACUUCUACUUCGAUGUGAAUCACUUGCCGCAAGUGGUGCCCAGGAGCAAAGUGGCUCUCCGGAGGGAGGUCAAUUGCAGCGCACCACCGCCAUAUAAGAAUGUGAAAAUGGACCAGAUGUACAGGGGGCAGAAAAGACUCGAUUAUCCUGUCAAUAUUGGACGUAAUCUGGCGCGUUUUGCCUCGCUGACACACUUUGUUCUGGCCUCCGAUAUAGAGCUGUAUCCCACGCCGGGAUUGGUGCCCAACUAUUUGAAGUUUUACAGCAGAAAGGUACUUGGGAAGCAUGGUAGCGUAUCCCUAUCGCGUUUGGUACACGUUCUACGUAUCUUUGAAGUACAGGCUAAUGAGACCAUUCCCAAAACCAAACCGGAACUGCAGAGAAUGUUUAGAUCCGGAGCGGCUGUGUUAUUUCAUAUAAAUAUCUGUGCAGAUUGCCAUCGGGGACCAUUGCUAGAGGAAUGGAUGAAUGAAACGGUAAACUCACAGGAUCUAAAUGUAUUCAAUGUGGCCCACCGCACUCAGCCAUAUAAUACGUGGGAACCGAUCUUUAUCGGCACUGUCGACGAUCCUCCGUACGACGAACGUCUCAGCUGGGAAGGACAAAAAGACAAAAUGACGCAGGCGUAUGCAAUGUGUGUCCUUGGCUACGAAUUCCAAAUCCUGGACAACGCCUUUUUGGUCCACAAACCAGGCAUCAAACGGGGAAGACCCCGUAUGGGCUUUUUCCAAGCCCAGCGCACCGAUACCUUGAUCAAUCGUAAGAUCCUCCGAGAGCUGCAUGUUAUGUACGGAUCGCGUAGCGGAUGUUUAAUAUAGAAAAAAAGCGAGAAAACGGCUUAAAUUUUAUGUUUAGUCAAUUUUUUUUUUAUCUUUUGGCAAUGUAAAUUAAAUUAGUAGCCAACAAUCUCGAUUAUUUAUUUAGCACAACUCGUAAAUGUUUUAACAAUAA